GGUUUCAAGCAGUGGCAGCAGUGUGUGUAGUGAUGGUGGAAGGGAAACCGUAUCGCUACGGGCUCAUAGUAGCAGGACUCUGCGUGGCAGCGAUGGGCCUCUUUAUCAUGACUCAGGAGCGACCCCACGUCUACGCCACAAUGUGUGCUCUGGGAGUCACAAUGGUGUGUGUUGGGACAGUGUGGAGCCUCUGCCAGUGUUAUCCAAAGGUCAUUUUGGCCCCUCGGCUUGAAGAGAAAAACCCAGAGGAAGUAGUGUGUACUUCUGCUGAAGCAAAACAUGAAAGGCGUGCUGAGGCUGUGCCAGGUUUCUGUGGCCAAAAGUCGAGAAGCUGCAGACUUCUCUCUGAAUCUCUCGAGAGCCAGUGUCACAGCUGUCCCACGCUCCCCUUGGUCUGAUAGAGGGGACGGCGUCUUCAGAGGACCCCUGGUCACCACGCUCCAAGCUCUCAAACUGCACCCGGGCUCCUCUGUUUGAAGUGUCCAGUGACCUUUCAACAGAAUGACAGCAUCGCUCACACAUGACGCUGUUUGGAUUUUUACAGCUGGUGACUGUGACUGAUGCAAUAUCAACAGUUUUGUGUUAGUGUGACAAUCUGAAGUGUUUUUUAAAGGUGAAUGUAUGACAAAAAGA